AUGAUGGGAAAUGAUGGUGCCCAUUUAUCUUGGGAAGCACCUCAAACAACAUCAGGAGAAAUAAUGGAAUAUUCUGUAUAUUUAGCUGUACGAUCUGCCACCACAGCUAAUCAGGGAGAUGGCACAAAAACAACUGUCAUGUCAAAUCCUUCUCAGUUGGCAUUUGUUCGUGUUUAUUGUGGUCCUAAUCCAUCAUGCACAGUUAGUAAUAACAACUUAGCAUCAGCCCAUAUUGACACAACAACCAAACCUGCAAUCAUUUUCCGGAUAGCUGCAAGAAAUGAAAAAGGCUAUGGUCCAGCAACCCAAGUUAGGUGGUUACAAGAUGGGACAAAUCCAUCUGCGAGUCGGAACUCCUCUGGAAGUUCCAGUAUGAAAAGGCCUGGCUCAGAUACGUAUGUAUUAGUUUAUAUAUCAUUAUUUUACGAUAUAAUAAAACAAUACUAUGAUAUU